AGCUCACAGGAACCCUCCAAAAAAAAGAUGGCGGCGGGCUCGGAUCUGCUGGAUGAGGUUUUCCUGAACACGGAGGUGGAUGAGAAGGUGGUGAGCGACCUGGUGGGCUCCCUCGAGUCCCAGCUGGCGGCCUCCGGCCAUCACCACCAGCACCACAAGGCGCAGGAGCCCCUCAGGACCGCUGGGGGGCUGCUGGGGAACCAUGUUGUGAGCAGCAGUAGCAGCAGCAGCAGCCCUAGCCCUAGCCCUGGAGGAGUAGUAGUAGGAGGCAAUGCUAAUGUCCAAACAGAGAGCAGCAGCAGCAGCAAGAUGGGACUCAGUGCCCCAGAGAUCACAAAAGCAGGGGCUGGAGGAGUGCAAGGGGGUGUUAUUAAUCAUAACACCAGGUCCCAGAGUUCAGCUCUGGAUGGAGCCACUACAACCAGCACCACCACUGCUGCAGCAGCAGGAGGAGGCGGAUCUGAAGCUGCUGCUGCUCCAGGGACCCUCAGUCAGGGCAAAUCUGUGGUUAUCAGUACAAUGGCAACUGCCUUAUCCACCAGGAAUGGCAAAAUUGGGACCACAACGGUGCAGACUUUGAAUGGGAGUAAUGUGGUGAUGAACUCUCACCAUUCGGGAAGUACUUCUUUCUCUGGGACUCCUGCAACUGCUAAUCCUGCUGCUGCACCUACUGUUGCCCCUCUAGUUAACAAUGGACCUGGAUCUGUGGGGAAAGGAAAUACAGUUAAUGCUGUUUUGCCUUCAGCUUCUAACACUGUCAUCCAGACUUCUUUCCUCAGCACCGCUGUGUCCUCCACCUCAUCCCCAUCCCCCACAGUAAUCUCUUCACAGCCGUCACCAAGCAUUGUAGGUGCGGGGCCUACUGUAGCACUGGUGAGACCACCAAUUCACACAGCAGGACCCACGGUUGCUGCAGCUGCUGCAGCCACUCAGAAUGGGAGCAAUACUGUGAUCAAUUCAGCCAUCAGUGUGGGUGUAGGGAGUUUUCCUGCUGUUGCUGCAGUCACUGUGGGCUCUGGAGUUUCCCUCCAAACACCACUUGUGAACAGUCAACCUGGUUCCAGUGUGCCAGCAGCACCCACUACACAGGUCAUCAAAUCAGAGUCUCCUAAAACUAUAGUGCAUGCAGUAUCCCAGCAGCAGACACUAGUUGCUAGUGGCCAGCCCAGUACUACAGGGGGUAACAUGAUAAUUGGGCAAACUAUGCAAGCUGGGCUCUCCAAUGUGGCUCCCAAUCCUGGAGGGAUACCUCCAGCAGCUCCUGGUACCCCUACAGGAAUGGCUAAGGGCACUACCAGUACAGUGGCACAAAGUUUGCCAAGGACUCCAACAGCAACUACAAGUGGUAUCAGAGCAACUUUGACUCCUACAGUUUUAGCACCACGUCUGCCUCAGGCACCUCAGAAUCCAACUAAUAUUCAGAACUUUCAAUUACCACCAGGCAUGGUCUUGGUACGUAGCGAAAAUGGACAGUUACUGAUGAUCCCUCAACAAGCCUUGGCACAAAUGCAGGCACAUGCCCAGUCCCAGCCUCAAAAUACCAUGACUCCUCGUCCUGCAACACCUACCAGUGCCCCCCCAGUACAGAUAUCAACAGUGCCGGCUCCUGGAACACCUAUAAUUGCACGGCAGGUGACACCAACUACUAUAAUCAAGCAGGUGUCUCAGGCUCAGACAACUGUACAGCCUACGACAACAUUACAGCGUCCUCCUGUAGUGCAGCCUCAGAUAGUUCUGGGUGGUACCGCACAAACAACAGCAUUAGGAACAGCGACAGCAGUACAGAGUGGAACUCCUCAGAGAACUGUGCAAGGAGCAACAGCAACCUCCACUGCUGCCACAGAAACUAUGGAGAAUGUGAAGAAAUGCAAGAAUUUUCUAUCUACAUUAAUAAAACUGGCUUCAUCUGGAAAACAGUCUUCAGAGACUACAGCUAAUGUGAAAGAGCUAGUACAAAACUUGUUGGAUGGAAAAAUUGAAGCAGAAGACUUUACCAGUAGGCUGUACCGAGAACUUAAUUCUUCACCGCAACCUUAUCUUGUGCCUUUCCUGAAGAGGAGUUUACCUGCCUUGAGACAGUUAACCCCAGACUCAGCAGCUUUUAUUCAGCAAAGUCAACAGCAGCAGCCCACAACGCAAGCAACAACUGCGCUGACAGCAGUGAUGCUGAGCAGCUCAGUUCAGCGCACAGCAGGAAAGGCCACUGCCACUGUAACAAGUACUCUCCAGCAGCCUGUAAUUAGUCUAACUCAGCCUACGCAAGUUGGGGUUGGCAAACAAGGGCAACCUACACCACUGGUUAUCCAACAGUCUCAAAAAGCAGGGGCAUUGAUAAGGCCUCCACAGGUAACAUUGACACAGACCCCUAUGGUAGCGUUGCGGCAACCACAUAAUCGUAUUAUGCUUACAACUCCUCAACAAAUUCAGCUGAACCAACUUCAGACAGUACCUGUGGUAAAACCAACAGUAUUACCUGGAAACAAAGCUCUGUCCACUGUUUCAGCACAAGCAGCUGCUGCUCAAAAGAAUAAACUGAAAGAACCUGGGGGAGGUUCUUUCAGGGAUGAUGAUGAUAUUAAUGAUGUGGCGUCAAUGGCUGGGGUCAACCUAUCAGAAGAGAGUGCCCGGAUUUUGGCAACAAAUUCUGAGUUAGUGGGCACAUUAACAAGGUCCUGUAAAGACGAAACGUUCCUGCUUCCAGCAUCUUUGCAAAGAAGGAUACUAGAAAUAGGUAAAAAACAUGGAAUAACGGAAAUCCAUCCCGAUGUAGUUAGUUAUGUAUCACAUGCAACACAACAAAGGUUACAAAACCUUGUAGAAAAAGUAUCGGAGACUGCCCAACAAAAGAAUAUUUCUUAUAAGGAUGAUGAAAGAUAUGAGCAAGCAAGUGAUGUUCGGGCACAGCUCAAGUUCUUUGAACAACUUGAUCAAAUAGAAAAACAGAGAAAAGAUGAACAAGAAAGGGAAAUCUUAAUGCGCGCAGCAAAGUCUCGGUCUAGACAAGAAGACCCAGAACAGCUUAGAUUGAAACAGAAGGCCAAGGAGAUGCAGCAACAAGAGCUAGCACAAAUGAGACAGAGGGAUGCCAACUUAACUGCGUUAGCUGCAAUUGGUCCCAGAAAGAAAAGAAAAGUGGAUUCUCCAGGAUCUGGAUCAGGGACAGAGGGAUCCAGUACAAGUACAGCGGUCCCAGGCAGCUCUGGAGUUGGAACAACCAGACAGUUUACGCGACAAAGGAUAACGCGGGUGAACCUCAGGGACCUCAUAUUUUGUUUAGAAAAUGAGCGAGAGACAAGCCAUUCACUAUUGCUAUACAAAGCAUUCCUUAAGUAAAAUGGGAAAGAUCAAGGUAUUUUUGACGGAGACACGCCUGAGGACAUUUUUUAUAUAUUUGCAGAUUACGCCUUUUUGUAACAAGCAAAUGGGAUAUUGUUUAAAAAACAACCACCUCUUUACAUGGAACAGUUUUAUAUUCCUGUUUAUAAAAAAACUCUUCAGUACAAGAGAAAUACGUUUCUGUAACAGUGAGGAUACUUACAAGGCCUGUGGAUACUAUAAAUGGACAAUUAAACUUAACUCAUCUCUUGAUUGAGUGGCCUUCUUGCCAAACAAGCCAUAUAUAAAGACUGACGGAAUCGUUUAGCAAAUAACUAGCUACCCUUUGUCAUACCUGUAGCAGUUUCAACAUUAAUUGUGCAUUAUAGUUCAGUUUUACUUAACUAAAUUGAUUACAUAGGUAUAUGUCUACAGCAGAUGACCUCAUUUCAUUUAUCUUUUUUUAAACAGUCAGUUAGCAAAGCGAACUGAUUUUUAAGAAUAUUUAUCUUCCCCCAAAUGUUCAAAUUCUAGAGGGAUAUACAAUUAAUUGAAACAUAACCUCAAUUUUUAAUCACAUUAUUGCUUACUAGAGGCCCUGAAAUCCCAUAAAGGAGGGUUACUUCUGAAUGUUUUUAUCUGCAUCUGUAAAAAUGCAUUUUAUUUGCUAUAGUUUGUAAAGCUGUAAAGUUUAAAAAAAGGAAAAAAGGAAAAAAAAAAAAAAAAGAAAAAAACCUUUU